GAUUAGAGAAAAGAUUUCCUCACUUAGUUACUGCUGUUGUUCUCUGAGGUCGCGGCGCUGCCGCCGCUGCUGCUUCUGCUGUCCCCGUCUCUGUCUCUGUCCCCGUCCCCGUCUCUGGUUUGAAUCAAGUCCUCUGCUCGCGAGCGAUUUUACAAGCUGAAGAAGAAAGAGAAGAAAGAGAAGAAAGAGAAGGAGGCGGAAUGGGCAAAAAACGAAAAGAGGAGUCAAGCCCGGACUCUGAGUAUGGAGAACCUGCUCAGUUUGACCAGGACUUCAGAGGACCCAUACACAAAAGAAGCUGCACUGAUAUUAUCUGCUGUGGCCUGUUCUUGGCCGUCCUCCUCGGAUACAUCGUCGUCGGGAUUUUAGCGUGGCUCUACGGCGAUCCUCGACAUGUUCUUUAUCCUAGAAACUCGGCCGGGUUUUUCUGUGGCAUUGAGAAAUACAAAGACAAACCCAAUCUGUUUUACUUUGACAUCCUCAAAUGUGCCACAUCAAUCAAUAUUAUGGCAUCUGCUCUCAACGGGUUACAAUGUCCGACCACACAGGUGUGUGUGGAAAAAUGUCCUUCUGAAUUCUGGGCUGUCGGAGUUCUAGAUUAUUUACCAGCAGUAAAGCCAGUGGAUGUUUUUAAUCCAGAGUACUGUGUUCAGACCAUAGACCUGGAAAACACUGAGCUGACUGUGAAACAGAUCGUGGAUAAAGAGCUGUGUCCUUUCUUCCACGUGCCUACGACACCUGUGUUGGGCAGAUGUUUGCCUGAUGUUGGCGCUCUGGCCAACAUUCCUCCAACUUUCUCCAGUGUUGAAGGUUUACCCGCGUCACUCAACGACACCGUCAACCUCAUCAAGAACGGCACCGGCAGCACAAAUGACCUUGUGAAUGGUUUCAAUGCCAAAGAGCUCGGCGUCCAAAUCUUUGAGGAUUUUGCGUCGUCAUGGCCGUGGAUCCUCAUUGGUCUGUUAAUAGCCAUGCUGGUCAGUAUGCUGUUCCUGCUGCUGCUCAGAUUCACAGCUCCAGUGAUGGUGUGGCUGCUCAUAGUCGGCGUCCUGGCUGCAGGAGCUUAUGGAAUAUGGCACUGCUACUGGGAGUACGAUAACUACAAGAAACAAUCUGCCUCCAUCUCUGACAUCGGUUUCACCACCAACUUCAACGUUUACCUGCAGGUCAAAGAAACGUGGCUGGCUUUUUUGAUUAUCAUCUCUGUGGUCGAGGCCAUCAUCCUCCUCACCCUCCUCUUCCUCCGGACCAGAAUCCUCAUCGCCAUUGCUCUCCUCCAGGAGUCCAGCAAGGCGAUCAGUCACAUGAUGUUUGCUCUGCUCUACCCUCUGGUCACCUUCGUCCUCCUGCUGGUGUGUGUGACUUACUGGGUCUCCACUGCUUUAUAUUUAGCCACUUCUGGAAUUCCAGUCUACAAAGUCGUGGCUCUCAACUCCUCGUUGAGCGACUGUAAGGACAUUAACGGCACAGUGGACUGUGACCCUCAGAACUUCAACUCUUCAGAUUACCCAGGAUGCCCCUCGGCCAGCUGCAUCUUCAUCAAUUACAACAACGAGGGUCUUUUGCAGAAGAACCUCUUCUACCUGCAGAUCUACAACGCGGUGGCUUUUCUCUGGUGUGUCAACUUUGUCAUUGCUCUGGGUCAGUGCACGCUGGCCGGAGCCUUUGCCUCUUACUACUGGGCCUUCACCAAACCAGACGACAUCCCCAUGUGCCCGGUGUGGGGCGGCUUCAUCCGCGCGCUCAGAUACCAUGUGGGUUCCUUGGCCUUCGGUGCUUUAAUCCUGACCCUGGUGCAGAUCGUGAGGAUCAUUCUGGAGUAUAUUGACCACAAAACCAGAGCGGCACAGAAUCCAGUGGCACGUUUCAUACUGUGCUGCAUGAAGUGCUGCCUCUGGUGUCUGGAGAAGUUCAUCAAGUUCCUCAACAGGAACGCUUACAUCAUGAUUGCCAUUUACGGGAAAAACUUCUGUGUCUCAGCCAAAAAUGCUUUUAAGCUGCUCAUGAGAAAUGUGAUAAGGGUGGUGGUGCUGGAUAAAGUGACCGACCUGCUGCUGUUCUUUGGGAAACUGCUGGUGGUUGGAGGAGUUGGUGUAUUAUCCUUCUUCUUCUUCUCUGGACGAAUCCUGUUACCAGGCAAAGAUUUCCGCGCUGAAACCCUCAACUAUUAUUGGAUGCCAAUAAUUACGGUGGUGUUUGGUAGCUACUUCAUAGCUCAUGGAUUCUUCAGUGUGUACAACAUGUGUGUGGACACACUCUUCCUCUGCUUCUUGGAAGACUUGGAGCGAAACGAUGGCUCUCCAGACAAACCGUACUUUAUGUCCAAAAACCUCAUGAAAAUCCUCAACAAAUCCAACAAGGGACAGAAUAAAGGGAAGGACUGAAGAUCAACGCUGAGUCUCACACUUUCAGGAUAAACUCUUAUGUUUUACUCGUUUACUGAUUUGCUAAUUUUGCACUUUGUAGUUGGAAUUGUUUUUACUGUGUGAUGAGUGGACAUAAGGACGAUGAUGUUAUUUUAUCUUCGAUUCUAAACGAAUGAUUCUUUUAAUUUAUCAUUAUGUGAUGUGUCCUUUAGUUAAAACAGCUUUGGACGUUGAUUUUAGGUUUUACUCGUCUUUUAUUGUUCGACAUCUUCAGAUGAAGCAAAAAAACAUUUUGUAAUAAUUUCAGUUCAUUAUAUAUUUCUACUGUCAAAGACGUUUUAUAAAUACAAAUGAUUUUAUUAAUAAUAUUGAAUCUAUGUAAAUAUAAAUAAAUGAGUGGACAGUGGGUAUGUGUAUCACUCUCAUCACUUGCAUAAAUCACUUCACACCGACA